AUGCGAGUUUUGCUGAAACACGAUAGAACUGCAGAGGUUUUUUCAAAAGAGCUGCUGCGAAUCGGCAAUGGACAAGUUCCGAUAGAUCCGUGCAGUGGAUUAAUAUCGAUUCCAACUGCGAUUUGCCAAUUCGCUUCAAGUAAGGAUGAACUAAUUAGCAGUGUAUAUCCAAAUAUCGCUCAAAAUUAUGGUAACUACGAAUGGUUAGCCGCACGCGCAAUUUUAGCAGCAAAAAAUAUUGAUGUCAACGACUUGAAUUGGACGAUUCAAAAUCAAAUUCCGGGAGAUCUGCGUUCUAUUGAUCGCGUUGAAAAUGAGGACGAAGUAGUAAAUUACCCAGUGGAGUUCUUAAACUCUCUGGAUUUGCCUGGAAUGCCUCCUCAUCAUUUGCGUCUCAAAGUUGGGUCUGUUGUUAUUGUGCUACGCAAUCUUCAUUCUCCCAAACUGUGCAAUGGUACACGACUGAUUGUUACGAAGCUAAUGGACAAUUUAAUAGUGGCAAGCUUUUUGAAAGGCCCGUUCAAGGGAGAGGAAUGCUUACUUCCCCGGAUUCCCUUAACUUCAACAGAUUUGCCCUUGCAAUUCAAACGUAUGCAGUUCCCAGUGAAACUUGCAUUUGCGAUGACAAUUAACAAGUCACAAGGGCAGUCGUUGGAAGUAUGCGGCAUAAACCUAGAAAUGCCAUGCUUUUCACAUGGUCAGCUCUAUGUGGCGUGUUCCCGUGUUGGAAAACCGUCCUCGCUAUUUGUUUACGCUCCGGGACAGAAAAUUAAAAAUGUUGUGUAUCGUGCAGCCUUAAACUGA